AUGGCUAUCGCAGGCGUGGGUGCCGACUGUCUCCUCAACACUAUCCUUUUCCUCCUUGGUGUUAUUCCCGGCCACAUCCACGGUUUCUACAUAACCUGCACCUAUUUCUCUAGAAAGAGUAAAGUUCGAAAGGGACAGUAUCCAGGCGGACCGAAAAUGGGUAUUUAUAGCGAGAGAGUUUGGUAUGGGGGUGCCAGCUCAAGACGCAUAGACGAAUUGUGGGAGAAAAGGGAGAGUGAGAGGGUGGAAAAAUUGGAGAAAAAAGGGAGAGGAUCUAUGGGAAGAAAGAGUCAAAAUGGGAAAAACAAUGGGAGAAGUGAGGUGCUGAGAAUGCAUAGUGAUGUGGGAGUGGAGAGGAUGCAUUCAAGUGCUGGUAGAGGAGGUGGCAGAGGAAUGGAGAGGAGUACGACUAUGGCGUAG